GCUGCCGUUAGUCCGAACUUUUCAUUCUCGCGGCUUUGACCAACGAAAGAAGGAACACAGAGUCCCUAUUUUUAUCUCCCAUUCCAUCCAUCUGUUCUCCAGCAAUUACAGCUGUCUAAGCGUGUGCGGAGGAAAGUACGGUAGCAUUUGUACAAGAGGAAGAUCAAAGACGAAAACAAUGUUUGGAGCUGCUGCUGUUCCCGGAUCCCGCCAGGGUUGCUUCAAGUGUGGUAACCUCGGCCACAUUGCUGAAAAUUGCCAAGCUCCUGGCCGCCUCUGCUACAACUGCAGGGAACCUGGGCACGAGUCGACCAACUGUCCCCAACCCAGGUCUACCGAUGGCAAGCAAUGCUACGCCUGUGGUGGUGUAGGUCAUGUCAAGUCUGACUGUCCUUCUAUGCGUGGAGCUUUCGGUCCCGGUCAGAAGUGCUUCAAAUGUGGUCGACCUGGCCAUUUGGCUCGCGAGUGCACUGUGCCUGGAUUCGUCGGUGCUUUCCGGGGCCGUGGCGGUUUUGGCGGUGCUUUUGGUGGCCGCCCUCGACCACCCAUUAACCCUGAUGGUACUCCUGUCAAAUGCUACCGAUGCAACGGUGAGAACCACCUUGCUCGAGACUGCCUUGCGCCUAGAGAUGAAGCCGCAAUCCUUGCCUCCAAGAAGUGCUACAAAUGCCAGGAGACCGGCCAUAUCGCUAGGGACUGCACCCAGGAAAACGUCUCUCCCCCUGCCGAGUAAUAGCAUCUGUGGUUGAUGUAUUACUUUCUGUUGCAGACAUAGACGCUUAAGCGGAAACGUACACAGCAUCUGUUGGUGGCCAUCGAAUUCGUAGCAAUCCACAGAUGCGCGCUGUCGAUGAAAGCACACUUACCGAUUGCCUCACGACCUAUCACUGACUGCUUUACAUCAAUCCAUCUGUCUGCACUAGCGCAACAGAGUCAGGACAGUGACGUAUCAUAGCAAUGAAAUUCGGAAUUUUUGGCGUCUU